AUGUACAUAAUUCAAUCUGCUGCAUAAAACUUAAGAACCCUCGAUAUAUUUGGAAUGGAUGUACAUCUCUUAAGUAAAGGAUCAACAACACAUAAAACUUAUUCUGGAGCAGCAGCCUCACUCUUUAUUUUUUCUGUUCUCAUUUAUUCAUUCUAUUCAUUUAUCUUAUAAAUGAAUGAAGGUAAAAAUGCUAUUCUCAAUAGACAAGAGGCUCUCCUGUAAAAUAAUGAAGUAUAAUCUAUAUAUAUAUAUAAUAAAGGGAUAUAAAUUUGAUUCAAAAGACUUCAUUUUUAUAGCUGGUCUAUUAGAUGCAGCAGGAUAACCAAUAAUGAAUUAGAAUAAUAGUAUCUAUUCUGUUACAUAUUAUUUUUGUAAUAAAUCUUUGUCAGACACACAAUGUACUUAUUUUUCCAGUACUAUUUGUGGUGACAUUAUCACUGAAUUAUCAUAAGUAUAAUGAAUUUAAAUCCGUUUUAGAAAAUGGGAGUACCAAAAGAUUACCAGUAUAUCAGUUAUUGCAUUGAUUAAGAGAAGACAGACAAUUUUGAAACACUUAGAUUACAAGGGUCUCAAAGAAUGGACAAUUUUACAUUAGUUGGAGCAUUACUUAAUAAAUGUGUAAAUAACACAGAAAAAAAUGGUAAUUUCUUUUCUUAAUUUUAGAUUGUGCCCCACAAGAACUUAUUGAUUAAAUAGUAACUAACUCUAAUUUUUAUUACUCUUAUACUCAUUAUUAAUUCAGAAAGGAUUUAGAUAGUUAUCCAUUUGAAACUAUGUAAAAUUUUGAUGUUACAACUCUGUAUCCAAAACUAAAAAAAUAUAUUAAAGUUUUAUAUUCUUAUAGUGUUGCUUACUUAGAGUAUAAUCCUUUUUAUUUUUUUCCUUAAACAACUGAAUGUUAAUCUGUAGAGUAUGAUUAAUCAAUAAUUGAUGCAAUAGUGAGUUCUGAUAAUGAUAUUUAACUAGCUUAAGUAGAAAUACAUUUAGGUGUAAAAAAAUACAUUAGUCAUGUAACAUAUUAAACAUUGAUGGAUGUAGCUGCAAAACUAGGAGGAUUUUUUACAAUACUUAAAAUUUGUGUUUCAAUAAUGUUAUAUCCAAUAUAAUAAUGGCAAUAUAGAUUAUAUUUAAUUAAUUGUUAUUUAGAUAUUAAAAAAGGUAGCAGUGCUCAAUCAUUGACAAACUUUAUGGAUCAUGAUAAACUUAAUUUAUUAUAAGUAGCUUUAUAAAAAAAAAAGAGAGAUUAUUAUCAUUAGUAAAAUAGGAUUAUAGAGAAACUAUUGGAUGUUGUAGAAAUAGCAUUUAAUCCAUUAAGAUUAUCACGGUAAGUUGAAGAUUUAUAGUAUUCUAUCAAAUAAUUUGAUAUUUCUAAAACAAAAAGAUUUCGAAUUGAUGAAAAUGAACAUGAACAUGAAUUAAUCGAAAUUAAAAGUAUUAGCCGUUCAAUUAAUUAAGAAUUUGAACAUAUUGGAUAAUAAAAUAGAAUACCAAGAAUAUAAGUUAAUAUGGGAAACAAUUGA